AUGGUACUACGCCUGUGUUUAUUAGAUGUGUGUGGGUCAUCCCGCAGUGUUCCGGUCUCAGUGGCCAUGAUGAGUCCCCAGGUGAUCACGCCGCAACAGAUGCAGCAGAUCCUCCAGCAGCAGGUCCUCUCCCCCCAGCAGCUGCAGGCCCUCCUCCAGCAGCAGCAGGCCGUCAUGCUGCAGCAGCAACACCUGCAGGAGUUCUACAAGAAGCAGCAGGAGCAGCUUCAUCUUCAGCUCCUCCAGCAGCAACACCCUGGCAAGCAAGCUAAAGAGCAACAGCAGCAGCAGCAGCAACUGGCCGCCCAGCAGCUGGUCUUCCAGCAGCAGCUCCUGCAAAUGCAGCAGCUCCAGCAGCAGCAGCACCUGCUCAACAUGCAGCGGCAGGGCCUGCUCUCCCUGCCCGGGCCCGCCCCCGGCCAGGCCGCCCUGCCCGGACAGACACUGCCCCCGUCAGCUGGCCUGAGCCCCGCAGAGCUCCAGCAGUUAUGGAAGGACGUGACCGGGGUCGGAGGCGGCGGCGGCGGCGGCGGCGGCGGCGGCGGCCAUGCCAUGGAGGACAACGGCAUCAAGCACGGCGUCAGCAGCGGCAACACGGGCAGCGGCGGCCUCGACCUAUCCACCACCAACAACAGCAACCACAACAACAACAACUCCAUGACAACUACCUCCUCCUCCAACCACGCCAAAGCCUCGCCGCCCAUCUCGCACCACUCCAUCGUCAACGGACAGUCGCCAGUGCUCAACCACAGACGAGAGCGCGAGCGGGAAAGAGAGCGGGAGAGUUCACAACACGAGGAAAACGGAGGCUCCCAUCCCUUGUACGGUCACGGUGUGUGCAAGUGGCCCGGCUGCGAGAGUAUCUGUGACGACUUCGGACAGUUUUUGAAGCACCUCAACAACGAGCACGCCCUGGAUGACCGCAGCACAGCCCAGUGUCGGGUCCAGAUGCAGGUGGUCCAGCAGCUGGAAAUCCAACUUUCGAAAGAGCGCGAGCGUCUCCAGGCCAUGAUGGCCCACUUGCACAUGCGGCCCUCCGAACCCAAGUCAUCUCCCAAACCACUCAACUUGGUGUCCAGCGUCACCAUGUCCAAGAACCUGCCCUACGCGUCCCCGCCUAACUUACCGCAAACGCCCACCACCCCUACGGCGCCCGUCACCCCCAUGGCGGCCAUGCCCCAGGUCCCGUCGGUGCUGGGCGGAGCCAACGUGCCCAGCAUGGGAGCCAUGCGGCGACGUCACACGGACAAAUACUCCAUGCCGCUGUCGUCGGAGAUCGCCCCAAACUACGAGUUUUAUAAGAACGCGGAUGUCAGGCCGCCGUUUACUUAUGCAACCCUCAUAAGACAGGCUAUCAUGGACUCUUCCGACAUGCAGUUAACGCUUAAUGAAAUCUACAGCUGGUUCACGCGCACGUUCGCCUACUUCAGACGCAACGCCGCCACUUGGAAGAACGCCGUGCGCCACAACCUCAGCCUGCACAAGUGCUUUGUGCGCGUGGAGAACGUGAAAGGCGCCGUGUGGACGGUGGACGAGGUGGAGUACCAGAAACGCCGGUCGCAGAAGAUCACAGGGAGCCCGUCACUCGUCAAGAACCUGCCCUCCAGUCUGGGCUACGGCUCAGCACUAAACGCCAGCCUCCAGGCCGCCCUGGCGGAGACCACCCUCCCUCUACUGGGUAGUCCCGGCCUCAUGAACAGCGCACACAUGGGCGGCUGCCACGGCCUCCUGGGCGGCGACCCCUCCGGACUGAUGGGCUGCAGUCCGCCGGGGCUGCUCGGCGGCAGCCCGCCUGGGCUACUGGGCAUCAGCCCUCCCGGCACACUGAGUGGCAGCCCCCCUACCCUGUUGCAGUCCGUCCACGAUGACCUCAACGGCUCCCUGGACCACCUGGACACCAACGGACACGGCAGCCCUGGGUACUCCCCGCACAGGCACAUGAUGGCCGUGCACGUGAAGGAGGAGCCUCUUCACAUGGAUGACGACGACUGCCCCAUGUCGCUGGUGACGACGGCCAAUCACAGUCCAGAGCUGGACGACGACCGGGAGCUGGAGGAAGGGAACUUUUCAGAAGACCUGGAGUGACUGCGUUUGAUUUUUUUUUUUUUUUUUUUUUUUUUUUUUUUGCUAUCCCUUCAGCCCAGACUUGGAAAAAAAAAACAAGAAAAAAGCACUCCGACAUCCGCCGACUCUCCUUUUGUUUCCCCCUCUCUCUGUCCCUCUCACCACUGGGACUAUUUAUUGAGCAUGCAUCCGGAUGGUCGCAAAAAAAACUGAUCCAAGAUAGCCGCUACAGGAUGAUAGACUCACCGAUGGACGAGUCGAUGGACGGAUGGAUAGAUGGAUGGAAGGAGGGAGGAAACAAAUGCCGUCAAAACCAAAACAAAAACAAACAAAAAACAACCCAACAAAGGACCACAUUUUUAGUCACAGUAGUUUUUGAUGUCUAGAGACAAUUGCUGGUUGGAAUCAUCAGUUAUGAAUAUUUUUGUUCCUCAUAUCACCGACUGUAAAUGCCAUCCCCUCAAUCACAGAGUACAACAACAACAACAACAAACUGUCCUCCUCCUCGCCUCCACCUUCUAGAAGCUUUGUCUCCGUGCACGCAGUCACAGGCAACAGCUGGAAACCAAAGCCCUCGCUAGCAAAGGCCAAUAAUCGCUAAUGAUUAUUAUUAUUAUUAUUAUGAUUAUUAUGAUCAACACCCGACACAAAGACGCCACUUUAACCGAGAAGAAGAAGCUCUCCUUCCGCAACACAAAAAAAAAAAAAAAACUACCUUUGAAAACCUCUGGGAUUGUGUGAGUCCGUGGAGACGGAAGUGAUGAAGAAGAGGAGCUCGGAGUCAAAGUGGAUCAUAACCAAAACAAAAAUAUUUGUGCAGAAUCACCGUGUCGCUGUCCUUUGUUUUUUUAGCCUCAUUUUUUCUGUUGUUUGAGUUGAGGAGCUGGUGAAAAUGUGAUGUCACCGACUGAAAACACCAAACAUGACAGCAAUGUCUAGCAAAGCCAAAUAGUACUACUACUAAUAACAACACUGCUAAUGACCAUAGCCAUGUCGGAAAGGGAACCUUUUCUAGUUGAUGCGCGCGCUCUUUUUGUUGCCGGGGGCGACGGGCGUCAAGCUGGGAAACGUGUUGUGGCUUUAACGCGCAUUUCUGUUUCCGGGGAAACCAAAGUUACACAAAAUUCUGCCUCCUUAGAAGAGAAUACACCACAUCUCACGAGAAUUUCUGUAGGAUUUUCUACUAAAAUUGAUUUGUUUAUACGCUAGGCCAAACUCUGUGUUACAUGUCGGCCAUCUUUGUGCAGUACUUUGUAACGUGUUGGCCAUCUUUGUGGAGUACUUUGUAACAUGUUUGUUGAGUACUUUAUAACAUGUUUG